GAGUGAAGUUAUUGGGCGACUUUGGCCGGUUUGGAAGGGGUUGGACUGGAGAAGGAGGAUGUGGGAGCGAAGGGGUUAUGAGGGCGGGGGUCCGCAGCGAAACGACGAUCGGGACGGACGGGAAGGUUCAGGCGGCAUGGCAGACUUGCUGGAGCUUCGCCAACUCUUCUGGGGAACAGAAGAAAGCACGAGGGAGUGGAGGAAAAGGAAAAGCCUAUGCCUGCAGAAGGGAGACCUGGCAGGGCUUCGUUUCUUUUGUCUGUCUGGUUUAGGGCUGCAGCGCCAGAGGAAAUCAGGAAACGUCCAGGCAUGGUGGUUGUGGUGAAGCACGGGGACAACUUCAGCAUCUGUGACGAAAACAAAACAAAACAAAUCCAUAUUUUAACUGAAUCGACUGGAAACUGAACUUCCGGGAUUUGGGAGUUAAAGACAAAAGAAGAUACUUUUUUUUUCUUUCUUCUUCUUCGCAAGUCAGAUUUGGGGCCGUUGGACGUGAUUGGGUUUAGAGAGCAACGGAAAAACAACAAAUUUCAUACUGGUUUGUAUUUUCCCGGACAAUGUUAAACCACAGAAAGGCCAGUCGGGGCUAGAAGAAGGGCAACAUCGCACCUACCGAGAGGUUUGUGUCAGUGACCAACUAUUGGGAAUACAGUUGGUGUCGAAGUUCAAAAUGGAAAAGGCAUUGAAACACAGCAGAGCGAGAACAGAGAAAGCAGGCCAAACGUGGAGAUUUCUAGAUUUUACGACAUCAAUUCCUGUCUCGUCUUUGAACCAAGCAUGAUGUGAAUGGAAACAGAACUAUUCCACCCUUUCCAGAGGAGACACAGAUGGUGAUGUUUGGCAUGGGCUGUUUCUGGGGAGCAGAGAGGAAGUUUUGGAGUCAAAAGGGAGUUUACUCCACCCAAGUGGGCUACUCUGGCGGCUACACUCCGAAUGCCACGUACGAGGAAGUAUGCACAGGCAGGACCGGACACACUGAGGUGGUGCGAGUUGUUUACCAUCCAGAGAAGAUCAGCUUCAACAGCCUGCUGAAGGUCUUCUGGGAAAGUCACAACCCGACUCAAGGAAUGCGUCAGGGGAACGAUGUCGGGACAACGUACCGCUCUGCCAUCUACGCCUACACUCAGGAGCAGCUUGACGAAGCGUUGGCCUCCAAGGAUCAGUACCAGAAGGUUCUUACAGAGGAAGGUUUUGGUUCAAUUACAACAGAAAUCACUGAAGCCAAACCGUUUUAUUACGCUGAGGAUUACCACCAGCAGUACCUGAGUAAAAACCCACAUGGAUACUGCGGGCUGGGCGGGACAGGAGUCACCUGUCCGAUCGGACUCAGCAAAAAGUCCUGAGAAAUCCUCACCCAUCUACAAUUACAGCCAACAUCAAACAAAUGUUGUUCAGCUUCUUAUCAGACAUAAUUUUUACUUCCUGCUUUGUACAUCUGUAAGAUUGAAUUUUUUCUGAAAGAAAUUGUGAAUUAUUAUUUUUUUUCUGUUGGGACUAUUUUUAUAGUCUGUUUAAUGAGUUGAUUUCAAUUAAAGCAGCUUAUAGAAUAAUGCAGAUUGUCUUGAAUAAAGCAACCUCUGAAAGUAGA